AUGAUCUUCACACGUGUUGUGGCUUUCGAUCUUGUUUCGGUGGGCCAUUUGGCCACAGUGAAUGGCUUGAAGCACCUUACUGCUGUGAACUAUGGAGAGGGGAAGAUGGUGUUGAAAUCCAUUUCAGUUGGCCAAGGCGCUUUUGUUGGCGCUAACGCUGUUCUGGAGCCAGGGUGUUCCGUUGCUGCAGCAGCCCACGUGGAAGCCUUGUCCAUGGUUCCUGCUGGCUCCAAAGUGUCAAGCCGAGUUUCUGGCGUUCCAGCUCAGGUCGUGAAUUGCGAUGCAGGUGUGGCAAACCCCCGAAGCAUUCCUUUGGAUGCAGACGUGCGCCAGUUCUGCAGAAAUGCAGCCCUCAUGGCCUCCACUUACUGGCUCAUGGUGGUGCCGCAGGCCCUGAUGCCUUUCAUCAUCAUCAUGAUCUUUCAGCUCGAGGCGAAGCUAGAGUACCCAGAAGAUUCAGAGAAGGAAUUGGAACGCUUCGAUUCCUUGCCCGAAGGUGUCCUCAGAUUCUUGCCACAGCUUCCACUUUGGAGCUUUGCUUUUACUGUGCUGAUUCUGGCUCUGCAGCUGCUUUUGACCGUUUUGAUUUGCCGGCUGCUUCCCAGAGUAAAGCCACCCUGUAGCUACUUGCUGACCAGCAUCCGGGGCCAGAUGGUCUCCCUGAAGAUGCGGUGGGCCAACCAGGCCUCCAACUUGCUGAGAGAUGCUUCGAUAGUGCCAGUCUUCAUGCGUAUGUGUGGUGCUCGUUUUGGAGCGAGGAGUUGCCAUAGCCGAAGAAGUCGUGCUGCCUGA